CGCGACGGCUUCCACGUUUCUGCCUGUUCAUGAUCCACCACACUCGUUGAUGAUCUGACGCAAGGCCCACAAAAUGUCGGACGACUACGCCACGCUCAAGGUCGCUCAGUUGAAAGCCCUCACCGCCCGGCGCGGUCUCCCGCUUGAUGGCUUGCGCUUGAAACAACAUUUUAUUGACGCCCUGCGCGAUGCCGACGCCAAGGCCAGCUCUUCAUCUCAAGCAAGCAAGACCAACAGCGCACUGUCUCAGAAGGAGGCGUCCAAAGCACAGAGUCCAAACGAACAACUGAAAAGCACAAACUCUUCCGCACCACUGCAAAAUCGGGACCCAAAUACGACCAACGCCAACAUGGCAGGAGGCAAGCGCAAACGCGACGAGCUCGUGGACCUGACUGGCAGCGAUGACGAAGACCGCAAUGCUUCGUCACGCAAAACAGUGAAAGUCACCGAUCAAACCCGUGCUCCUGCCAUUGCUCCAUCAUCCUCCAGUCAUGCCGCUGCAAGAUAUUCAAGCGGUUCUGCUUCUGCAUCGGCUUUUCCUCUUCCCACAGCUUUCGGCAACAGCCAGCACGAUGAGGGUGAACGCGAUGAUUGGCUUGCCGAUGAUGCCGCCUUCAACGACAUAGUGGGCUCAUCACAAGACGACGCCAUCGGCAGCGAGGACAUGCAUUUGUAUGGAGAUCUCGACACCAAAAUCGUUGGAUGCCAAUACUACAGAGGCUACAGCAAUCGAGGCGAACAUGUACUCCUGAAACGCGAACCCGGCAAUCCGUACGACAGCAAUGCAAUCCGCGUUGACAGCGUGGCGCACACGCAGAUCGGCCACAUUCCCAGACGAAUCGCAGAGAAGUUGGCAAAGUACAUGGACAACCGGUCGCUGCGUGCUGAAGCUCAGCUGACCGGAAACAUUGGUACCUACGACUGUCCCAUCGUUAUUCACAUGUAUGGCCCAGCGCCAACCUCGACAGAGGGACAGAGACUUCAGUCUCAAAUGGUCGCCGACAAGCUGCCUCCCAAAGCCUUGAAAGAGGCUGAACGUGCUGCAAAACAACGUGAGAAGGAGCGCAAACAAGCCGAAGCGGCACGACUGGCAGAAGCUCGACGUGCUGCGGCUGCUGGCAAACGAGCGCAAGUGAACUCGCAAGGAGAAUUCACGAAUCCAGGAAGCAGUGGUUUUGGUGAUCCAAGUCAGCCGGACAUGUCUGCUAUCCAGGAGGCCUCGCAGCGCAUUGACCCUCGCAGAAUGGCCAACGAAGCUGAGAAGCUGGGAAUGUCCGAGGAGCAGCUACAGCAGAUGCCCAUGGCGGAGCAGCCAGACAGGGUCAAGACCACGAUGCUACCAUACCAAUUGCAAGCUCUGCAGUGGUUGCUUGACCAAGAGAACCCCCAAACACCCACUGCGACCGGUCAGAGCACUCAGCUCUGGACGCGUGUGGACAAUAGUCGCUACACCAAUAUUGCAACAAACUUCUCCACUCAAUCGGCACCCAAGCUGGCGUCUGGCGGUAUUCUGGCAGACGACAUGGGACUUGGAAAGACUAUACAGAUGCUGGCUCUGGUCGCCGCCGAUGCCGAAAUGCAUGGAAAAGGCACCACGCUCAUUGUAGCGCCUCUUUCAGUGCUCUCCAACUGGUCUGGUCAAGCAAGCUUCCAUUUCAAGGACGGACACCAGCUGGCCACGUACAUCUAUCACGGUGCAGGUCGUGUCAAGAUGUCGACAAAGGACUUUGCGCAGUACGACCUAGUCAUCACUACAUAUGGUACCUUGGCAAGUGAUUUUGCCUCUGGUCCAACGAAGACUUCAGAACGAAAGCUACGUGCAACCGGUCUUUAUAGCCACGAAUGGCGCCGUGUGGUCCUCGACGAAGGCCAUAACAUUCGCAAUCCACAAACAAAGGCAGCUGCAGCUGCAAAUGCUCUGACCGCCCGUUCACGAUGGGUUCUCACAGGCACACCAAUCGUAAAUUCGUUGAAGGAUCUCUACUCCCUCUUGCGCUUCGUGGGAAUCACUGGAGGAUUAGAGCAACUCGAUAUCUUCAUUUCCGUCCUCGUACGACCACUCAAGCUUGGCACACGAGACUCGUCCCUUCUCCUCCAGGCAAUAAUGCGCGCCUUCACCCUUCGUCGAAGAAAGGACAUGCGCUUCAUCGACCUCAAGCUUCCCGAACUAAAGGAGUUCGUCCAUCGCCUCCAAUUCUCGAAGGAGGAACAGCAGAAGUACGAUGCGCUUGACGGAGAGGCUCGAGGCGUGCUCAAAGCCUACCAGAAGAAAGAUGGUUCCGGACAGGUCACAUACAACCACCUUCUCGAGAUCUUGCUGCGUAUGCGCCAGGUCUGCAAUCACUGGAAGCUGGCUUCACAGAGAGUGGCAGACUUGAUGGCUCAGCUGGAGAAGCAGAAGACUGUUACUUUGACACCGGAAACAAUCUCAACCCUUCAACAGGUGUUGCAAGUCCAGAUUGAUUCGUCUGAAGACUGUGCCAUUUGCCUGGAAACGCUGCAUUCGCCUGUUAUCACCAAUUGCGGUCACGCUUUUGGGCGCGACUGCAUCGUGAAAGUGAUCGAGGGACAGCACAAGUGUCCAUUCUGUCGAGCGGAGCUCAAAGACGAGCAAUGUCUCGUCGAGCCAAGCAACGAGUUCGGCGAUGGCUCUGACAAUGAGAACAGAUCUGGCGAUGAGGGCAACAGCAGCAAGGUGGAUGGCCUACUGCGAAUCCUAGGUGCUGUCGCGAAUGGCGAGAAGACGAUCAUCUUCAGUCAGUGGAAGUCAUUCUUGGAUCUGUUGGAAGAACCUCUGAAGCAGGCUGGAUUGAAGUUCUGCCGUAUCGAUGGCACGAUGUCAGCACAACGCCGCGACCAAGCCCUCGAAGCCUUGAACAACGAUGGCGAGACCACGAUCCUGCUGGCCACCCUUGGCGUUUGCGCUGUUGGCCUCAAUCUGACUGCAGCAAACAAUGUCAUCCUUUGCGACACUUGGUGGGCACCAGCUAUCGAAGAUCAAGCAGUAGACAGAGUCCACCGCCUUGGUCAGACCAGAGAGUGCUCAGUCUUCCGCCUGGUCAUGGACAAGACGAUCGAGGAGAAGACUCUCAGCAUUCAGGAAGACAAGCGCAAACUCAUGAUGCUUGCCUUCUCUGAGCAGAAGAACAAGCGUAUGGCGGCGAGGACUAACAGGCUGGCUGACAUACAGAGACUGCUCUCGUAGGCUGACUGCUUGGCGGGCUACGAGAUCGUGCUGGAGCAAUCGAUCAGCUUACGACGCAUCUAAUACUAAAAGCUAGAGGUUGUACCUGGUGUGGGUAAAGACUGCUAAUGAGGAUGGGCUUGAUGCUGUGGGCGAUAUUAUAUUAUUGACGCAUCUGGAUGCUUGGUCGGGCGCUUGGCCACACAAGCGUCACCUCUCCGGUUGAAAGUCCAGAUUAGCCUGUACAUAUUUGUACCGCCACUCGAGUUCGCGC